AUGUGGGAUCAGCUACCGGAGCUGAUACUGACGCAGAUAUUCGGUCACCUCGAUCACGCCGAUCGCGCCAGCGUCGGUGAAGUCUGCCGAGCAUGGAAUCGCGCGCUGUCCUCGCCGGUGCUCUGGCGAACUGUCACGGUCGUCAUCGAUCGCGACCUGCGCGACGACUUUCCACCCGCAGCGAUAUUGACCGCGAAGUACGGACAACAUAUGCGCAGCCUGGAGCUCGCCUUCUCGCGACCCUACAUCUGCCCGAGGACCCUGCACCGCGUCAAGCUCAUAUGCAGCGCUCCGGCCUCGGCCGGCGCCGGCUUUCUCGCGAUCGUCCGCACUAAGGAUGUGCAGCUGCGACAGCUGACGUUGACGAAUUGGGCCUUCGCCUACAACCGGGGAACGUUGCUCGGCGCCUUGGCGCGCUUUCUGCGCGGUCAACGCAAUCUCGAGACUCUGUGCCUGCUGAACGCCGACUUCGGUGUGACGGAUGUCUUGCGUAUGCUGGGGAUGCUCGCCAAGGAGUCGGGCGAGCACUUGGCCUCCUUGGAUCUGCGCGGCGCCUUCAAAGAGUGGCAAACUCCCCACGACAAUCGGAGAUACCUGGGUCUGCUGAGCCGCUUUCACUCGUUGAGCCAGCUGAAAUUGGACUACCCGGCUUUAUCAAAUCACGUUCUCUAUGUUCUCGCGAACGGUGCGUCGAAGGCGCUGAAAAGCCUGCACAUAUUCGUGAGAGACUCCGAUUCCAGGCAGCACACGUUGGCGGACACCGCUUGGCGCAACUUGACGUCGACUUGUCCCGAUUUAACGGUGUCUUAUACGAUAGUGAACAUCUCGCACUACGAGGACAUGUACUACUUGUUGUUGCCUAGCGUGCCUCUGGCCGAGUUUCACAUGUUCAGCGGUCACGUAUGGGAUCAAAGCAGAUCGCGGAACUUCAGGAGCACGAUCGACCUACUGAUUACUCAAUACACGAACACGUUAGUCGAGGUGAUGCUGCAACUCAGAAAUAAUCGCGAAUCCCUGGACGAUUUAUUGGUGUCCAUGUUGGUGCGUUGCAAGCGCCUGAUGAGAUUGCAGUACGAUGGGAUUAUAAGGAGCCUCGAUACCUUGCGCGAAAUAUGUCAGCUUCAAGCCGAACACAAAACACGUUUCAAAACAAUACACGUGAAGCCUCGGGACAUCAACAUCCAAAAUCGCGCCAUACUGAACGACAUCAAUUAUCAAUACGACCGCAAGAUGCACGAGCAAGGAGUCGACUUCCGGCUCGAAGAUCCCACCUCGAUUUUAUUCUUUUACUGACGAUUCGUUGUCGUUGUCGUUGCACCGGGCGAUACGUCUUCCAUUAACGUCUUACCAAAGAAUCUUAUGUAUUUUUAUAGCUCGCGACUUGUAUUUAAAAGAAAAUUAAAAAAUUCUUUUUUAUUCGAAAAUAUAAUAUAAGAAUAUAAUAUGCAUCGCGUUGUGCAAUUAUUUACGAUUGACAAACCAUAUGUUGCUAGUAUUUAAAAUGGGAGACUUUUGCCACUUUUAUCAUCACUCUGU